AUGGGCAAUUUAUUCGGUAAGCGUCCCCGGCAGCUUUCAUUACCGCCUAUAUCUCAACAGGAUCAAGCUAUUUUGAGUGGAAAACUUUCAUUACAGAAACUGAAAAAUCAACGAGAUAAAAUGAAGCAGUAUAUGCGAAGGAAUGAAAAACAAAUGGAACGUGAUAAGGAGCUAGCAAAAAGACUAAUUAGAGCUAAUAAAAAAGAUGAAUUCUGUCAUGAUCUUGAAAGGUCAGCUGUUUUGUUUUACAGUCGUGCUUUAUUAGUUCUGAAAAAGAAGAAGUAUCAAGAAUCAGUGAUUGUACAGACGUUGCAUCAGUUGGACAAAGUUGAAAGAAUGGUGAAUGAUUUGGAAUUUGCCAUUAUUGAGCAGAAAGUGGUGGAACAACUGCGAAUUGGUAAUGAAGCUUUAAAACAAAUGAACCAGGUGCAGUUUAAAAUUUCUGUAAACAGUAUUAAUACAUUGGAAAUAUCUGAAAAGGAAAAAUUUGUGUUUCAGGAAAUAUCAAAUAUGCUUUCUGGCAAACUUGACAGAAAUAAUUUGGAAGAAGUUGAAAAUGAACUUUCGAAAUUGAUAGAGGAAAAUGUACUUGAUUUGCCGGAAGUUCCAUCAGAACCUGUAUUGUCGGAGACAUUUGAUGGAUUGAGUAAAUUUAAAGCUUUAAUACUUAAAAUUUUUCAAGAGCUAAAUAAGAGACAGCUUUCAUACUCUUAA